UUCCUUUGCCCAUGGGGAAUGCAAUAUAUACCAACUUGUAAUGCCAGAAACUGAGCUGCUACCCAAAUCUGUCGCUCCCCUCUGUUUCCAUCUGCAGCCACAAGAAUUUGAAAGCCAAGAUGUCGGAGAAAAAGAUGUCUUCAAGUCGCAAGCAUCAGCUGAAGAGUUUGAUGCUGUCCAUCGCCAAAGGUUUACUAGAGGAGGAAGAGAAGGAGAGGGAGCAGGAGAAGAGGAGAUACAUGGCUGAGAGCUGCCCUCCUCCAUCGAUGCCCAGGAGCAUGCAGGAGCUGCAGGAGCUGUGCAGGGAGAUUCACCACAAAAUUGACGCGAUCGAUGAGGAGCGAUAUGACCUGGAGAUGAAAGUCAACAAAGCCGACAAGGAGAUCGAUGACCUGAAGAUCAAAGUUCAGGACCUGAUGGGGAAAUUCAAGAAACCUGUCCUGAAGAAAGUGCGUAUGUCCGCUGAUGCCAUGCUCAAAGCUCUGUUGGGCUCCAAACACACAGUAAAUCUGGACCUGAGGGCCAACCUGAAACAGGUCAAGAAGGAGGUGAAAGAAGAGGAUAAGGAACUCCGUGACGUCGGUGACUGGCGCAAAAACAUUGAAGACAAAUCUGGCAUGGAUGGAAGGAAGAAGAUGUUUGAGGCUGAGGCUUGAACAAGCACCAACAACAUUUUUUAAGUGUCUGUCAUUGACUAGAUUUUACUGGUUUCACUACUGUUUAGAUUGCAGAGAUUCAUUUUUGAACCACCUUGUAAGCUAAACUAUGAGUGAAUAAAUUAGCAGCGUCUGCUGAA